CCAAUUUAUUAUUACUGUCGGUAUUUAAUGAAAAGAAAUUUAUGAAAUGUUUCUUAUUUGUGAUACCUUAUUUCCAGUCACUGUGUAAUUUGUGGAAAAAAGCAGUCAAAUGCUUCUCUUAGAAGAUUCUUUGCAUUUCCAAAAGAUCCUGUUUUGUGCAAGAAGUGGGUCACUGAAUCCAAUAAGCGAUUUCUUAAAAGUAAAUCUGUCCAGGAGUUAAAUGCCAGGUAUAAAGUUUGCUCCGAUCAUUUUGAAGAAAGUGAUUAUGCAUCAGGCAUGCUAUAUUUGAAAUCCCAAGCUUAUCCUAAAAUUUCAUCUUGUAAUGAUAAGUCAUCAAAAGGAAUUGAAGAUAAUCUUCCAAAACAAGAAAUUGAUAAGAAAUCUGCUCAGGCUGGAUGUAAUGAUAAGUCAUCAAAAGGAAUUGAAGAUAAUCUUCCAAAACAAGAAAUUGAUAAGAAAUCUGCUCAGCCUGCAUUGUCUUCAGAAAAUAGUGAAGUGAAGAAGAAAAUAUCUACCAGGAAUUUACAUGCAACAGCUGAACUUACCUUCGAUUUCUUAAGUCCACGAUUUAAAGAAUGGUAUCAAAAGGUAAAAACAGAGGAAAAUGUUAUUACUCAGUCAAAAGAAGAGCUUAUAUCCAAGUUUUCAAGACAGAAUUGUGCUCACCAAGAUCUCUUUAUUAAUGAAAAUGAGUCGGAUGGACCUAAAAUUGCAUCAAUUACAUCACUGUUGACUCAAGGUGUUACUGAGCAAUACAGUUCUCAUGAGUGUCUUGGUAAUACUAAAAGGGAAACUGAGAUUGGUAUAGAGAUGCAGCAAAAUAAAAUUUUAGCUGAUACCAGAACAUUGUGUGAGCAAAUAAUGAAAAAUAAUGACUCUGAAUCCAGACUCCUAAGCUUGAGGCAGGAUGAUAAAAUAACCUUUCAUAAUCAGUCUGUAGUGGAUAAAACACAACUUGCUUCACUAAUUGAAGAGAAUAUUUUAUUUGAGAAACUGCAUGAGAGCAUUAGUGAAGAUGAAAGGAAAACUGAGUGCAGUCAAAAUGCUGUGGGUUCAGAAAUUAAAUUUUCUGGACAUGAACAUAGAAGACUUGAAAUACAAACAAAUGCAUUUCCAAAUCGUAAAACUUUAAAUGAGAAUUCAUUGUCCAAUUUUGAAAAUGAUACUAGUCAGGAAAACACCAAUUUUCAUCCUAUUGACACUUUCUUUUUGUUAAUGGCUUCUACCGUGAAAAAGUUUAACUUAGCUGAUCAGCAUUUUGUAAAAACUCAAGUUUUUGCAUUAGUUAAUGGAAUGGAGGAGAGAUAUAUACAACAGAAUAAAAAAUUUGACUAAGGAAUAGGUAUAUAUGAACCAAAGUUGUGUGGGCUUUUACAUUUGGAGCACAUAAUGUUAUACUUUUUUAAUAUCAAAGCAUUUUUAUCAUUAUGAUCAUUCUGUACUUUAUUAAAAUCUGACCAUUUAAAAUUACUUACUGACUUCAGAAUGAUGUUCCUAUCAUAUGAUCUUGUAAUUUUCAGGUCUGAAGUUUCAAAGUAAUGAAUUUGAAAUCAUAUGAAUAUUUUAUAAAACAAAUUAGCAAAUUUAAGCUGUAUUUUUACAGUUUCCUUUAAAGAAAUAUAUUUGUAAAUGAUCAUGUCAUUUGUAAAGUUUUCUUGUUAUUAAAAUAGAUAUCAUUACCAGA